ACUUCCCCGCCGUCGCCCUCAAAGGAGCAGCCGCUCCUCCUCGCGCCGCCGCCGCGUCCGCAGAGCUCCUCUCCUGCACAUCGCUCCCCCGAUGGACCCCGGGCGCCGCCGCCGCCGCCGCUGCCCCGAGCCCUGAACCGGGCCUCCUCGGCCGGAGAAACGUGCCGCCCGGCCCGAGGGCGCAUCAGGGGCACGCCACCUGGGGUGCAGGGCGCGGGUUUCGGGAAGGAGAAAGUGCUGCUCUCCAGGGUCACUUGGCCAGCGGCCGCGGGGGGGGACCAUGGCUUUGAAGGACACGGGCAGCGGCGGCGGCACCAUCCUGCCCAUUAGCGAGAUGGUCUCCUCGUCCAGCUCGCCCGGCGCGUCGGCAGCCGCCGCCCCGGGGCCCUGCCCGCCCUCGCCCUUCCCCGAGGUGGUGGAGCUGAACGUAGGGGGCCAGGUCUAUGUGACCAAGCACUCGACGCUGCUCAGCGUCCCGGAUAGCACUCUGGCCAGUAUGUUCUCGCCCUCUAGCCCCCGGGGCGGCGCCCGACGCCGGGGCGAGCUGCCCAGGGACAGCCGGGCGCGCUUCUUCAUCGACCGGGACGGCUUCCUCUUCAGGUACGUGCUGGAUUAUCUGCGGGACAAGCAGCUCGCGCUGCCGGAGCACUUCCCCGAGAAGGAGCGGCUCCUGCGCGAGGCCGAGUACUUCCAGCUCACCGACCUGGUCAAGCUGCUGUCGCCCAAGGUCACCAAGCAGAACUCGCUCAACGACGAGGGCUGCCAGAGCGACCUGGAGGACAACGUCUCGCAGGGCAGCAGCGAGGCGCUGCUGCGCGGGGCGGCGGCCGCAGCGCCCUCGGGUCCCGGAGCGCACGGGGGUGGCGGCGCACCGGACAAGCGCUCCGGCUUCCUCACGCUCGGCUACAGAGGCUCCUACACCACGGUGCGUGACAACCAGGCGGAUGCCAAGUUCCGGCGCGUGGCGCGCAUCAUGGUGUGCGGACGCAUCGCGCUGGCCAAGGAGGUGUUCGGAGACACGCUCAACGAGAGCCGCGACCCUGACCGGCCGCCCGAGAAGUACACGUCCCGCUUCUACCUCAAGUUCACCUACUUGGAGCAGGCGUUCGAUCGCCUGUCUGAGGCCGGCUUCCACAUGGUGGCGUGUAACUCCUCGGGCACCGCCGCCUUCGUCAACCAGUACCGCGAAGACAAGAUCUGGAGCAGCUACACGGAGUACAUCUUCUACCGACCAUCUCAGAAAAUAGUGUCACCUAAACAAGAGCAUGAAGAUAGGAAACAUGACAAAGUCACAGAUAAAGGAAGUGAGAGUGGGACUUCCUGUAAUGAGCUCUCCACUUCCAGUUGUGACAGCCACUCAGAGGCAAGCACUCCCCAGGACAACCCACCCAGUGCCCAGCAGGCGACAGCUCACCAACCUAACACCUUAACAUUGGAUCGUCCUUCCAAAAAAGCACCUGUGCAAUGGAUGCCCCCACCAGACAAACGCAGAAACAGUGAACUCUUUCAGACACUCAUCAGCAAAUCCCGGGAAACCAAUCUUUCCAAAAAGAAAGUCUGUGAGAAGCUAAGUGUGGAAGAAGAAAUGAAAAAGUGUAUUCAGGAUUUUAAAAAAAUCCACAUUCCAGAUUAUUUUCCAGAGCGCAAACGCCAGUGGCAGUCUGAACUGUUACAGAAGUAUGGGUUAUAGUAAUUAUCACAUUCCUGCAGUAUUUCAAUGACGUUCAGUGUUUACUACAGUGUCACCACCUGACUGUGUACUAACAAUGGUCAGUGUGAUUCUUGCUGCUCUUCCUUUUUGUGAACAGUGGAUGUGGGACAGUAUUUUCUUUCAUUCUUUUUGUUGUUGUUGUUGUUUUUAGAAAUAUGAUUUUUAAAAAAGAAAACUCAUAAAUGUUGAAUCAAAUGGUGUUCCUCAUUCAAACCAUUUUGCAAGAAUGAAAGCAAAAUGUGCAUGACCAAGAAGCUUAGAAUCUUGAUUUUUGAACUGUGGUCAUGUUUGUCAUUUUAUAACUCACCAAAAACAAAUCAUCAUAUCACUCCAAGUAAAGUGACAAUAUGGAUGAAGCCACAUCAAGUAAAAUGUUAGAUCAUGGUUUUGGGACCCAAAUCCAAAACUGUUUAAAUGUUAAUGCAAUAAAACAAGUAUUAUUUUUGCAUGAGCACAAUGUUACAAAUAAUUCACAAGACAUAGGGAAGAUUUGUUUGCUGCUUGGAAAGAAAAAAAUUAUGAAAAAAUAGCAAAAAAAAAAAAAAAGAAAGGUUCAGGCAAAGCCUAUAAAUGUAAGCUGUCUAGGAGAUUGAAUCUUAUUUGUUCUGGAUCUGUGAUUUUUUUGUGUAUGUGUAUGGUGUUCUGUAUGUAUGUUAAGAUGAUGUAAAUAUGCCUUAUAAUCUUGUGUUAUGACACUGACAUUCAUCUAUUAAUGCUAGUCAUGGUUAUUUCUGUGAAAUGAGUCCUUACAUCAGGCUGUGAAAAUUGGUAUAAUGAUGCUCUGAAAGAUCUGACUAUAAUGUUAAUUAAAAUAAUUGAGGGAAAUGGUAAAGAGCUUUAUGUAUUUAUUUAAAAAAAGGAAAAUAUAUUAGAA